AUGACGUUGCCUCUUUCCUUUCUAAAUGGGCGUUCCUUUCGGCAUGAAUGGCUAAAGACCUUUUUAUGGCUUAAAUAUUCACCAACUUUGGAUGGAGCAUUUUGUUUGCCAUGUAUCCUUUUUGGUCACAAGGUUGCUAACAAAACUUCUAAGUUACAGAAAUUGCUUUCUCAACCUUUUCGACAUUGGCCAGCUGCCAAAAACUUUUUUAAACAACAUGAAACAUCAAAAAAUGGUUUACAUAUUCAAACCAGCCUAACUUUUAGUGCAUUUGUGAAGAAUUUUUUAGGACAAACUCAACCAAUCAGUGUAAUCAUAGAUUCCAACUACAAAAAACAGGUUGCUGAUAAUCGAAAGUUCUUAACACCAAUUGUUGACACCAUAAUUUUAUGUGGUCGUGUUUGUAUUCCUCUUCGUGGCCACAGGGAUGAUAGUAAAUAUCAUCCUGAAGUUGGAAAUUUUUCAACUGGUUCAACUGGCAAUUUUAUUGAUCUUUUAAAUUACAGAGUACGUGGUGGAGACACAACCCUUGAAAAUCAUCUUCUAAAAUGUAAUAAGAAUUCUUCUUAUAUUUCUAAAACUUCACAGAAUGAAAUAAUUAAUUGUUGUGCAGAUAUAAUCACAGAAAAUAUUGUUUCUGAAGUUAAGAAAAACAAGUUUUUUACGAUUAUAGCUGAUGAAGCAUCAGAUACAUCCAAUAAAGAGCAGUUAUCAUUAGUUUUACGCUAUGUAGAUAGCAAUUUUGACAUUAAAGAAGAUUUCAUUCGAUUUCUUCACUGUAAGGAAGGUUUAUCUGGAAGUGCUCUUGCUUCCAUUAUUCUCAAAGCUCUAAGUGAUGACCUAGUUCUAAAUGUUCAAGACUGUAGAGGCCAGGGUUAUGAUGGGGCUGGCGCUGUGGCUGGUAGAAUUAAUGGUCUUUCUGCUCAUAUUUUGAGAAUCAACAGGAAGGCUAUUUAUACUCAUUGUCAUAGUCAUCGCCUCAACCUCUGUAUAUGUGCCUCUUGUUCAGUCCAAACAAUUAGAAAUGUGCUUGAUAACAUAAAAGAGAUUUCCUAUUUUUUUAAUUUUUCCCAAGUAAGGGAAGACAUGUUUGUGAAAAAUAUUAAAUUGUAUGCUCCUGAUUCCUUAAAAAAUAAGCUUAAGGAUGUUUGUCGCACAAGGUGGAUUGAACGUGUUGAAGGUAUGGAUACAUUCCAAGAACUUUAUGUCCCUCUUGUUUUCACUCUUGAGGAGAUGUUUGUUCAAAGGCAAUGCAAUAUUGACACAUCAUCAAAAGCCUUGUCCUUAUAUAAAUUAAUUACAAGUUUUGAUUUUAUUAUUACAAUGGUAAUUACUCGGUCUGUAUUUGAUAUAACACUGCCAGUAACACGAAUGCUUCAGAGCAAAUCCAACGAUAUUUUUGAGGGACUUCAUAUGAUUGAUGCUCUUAAAAGUGCAGCCAUGGCUACACGAAAUGCAGUUGAUGCCUACCAUGAAAUGUGGUAUGAGGUAGAGAAAGCUGUAUCUCUAGCUCAAAAAGUAUGUGUUACUCCUACAAAACCUAGAACUUGUGGACGUCAAAAAAACAGAUCUAACAUUCCUGCUGAAAACAUUUCGGAUUAUUUUAAAAGGACAACAACUAUUCCAAUGUUGGACCAUUUAAAUUCUGAAUUGAAGUUACGUUUUGACAUAUCUACUGUGACUUCUUAUCAGGGCUUGUCAAUUAUUCCAUCUAAGAUGAUGUUUUUAGUUAGUAAACAUGGUCUAUUGGGAUGGAAAGACAAGUUUACAGCUUUUUGUAGCUUUUAUUCUGAUGACAUGCCAAACUUUUUAGCUCUUGAUGCUGAGCUAGAUCUCUGGCAUAAGUACUGGGAGAUGCAGGAUAGUUAUCCUGAUAAUAUUUCAGCCACUCUUAAAGCAAUUCCAUCAUUACAAUUUGACAAUUUGACUGUAGCCUUAAGAAUUCUUGCCACAUUACCAGUGACAUCCUGCGAAUGUGAACGCUCUUUCUCUGCAAUGAGAAGGCUUAAGAACUACAAUCGCAGUACAAUGGUGGCAGAUAGGUUAAAUGGCUUAGCUUUGUUACAUAUACACAAAGAAUUUGUACCAUCCACCUCAUCAGUCAUCAAUAAGUUUGCUGUUAAAAACAGGAGAUUGGAUUUUAAUUUUUUUCAUUUACCUUCUUACAGUAGUUAUAUACAGUACAUUUGUUUUUGCGAUGAUGUGACAAAACAGCAAGCUGCAAUGAUAAUACUUAACCCUCUGCAAAUUUUACAAUCAUCAUACGAUGAUGUAACAAAACAGCAAGCUGUAAUGAUAAUACUCAACCCUCUGAAAAUUUUACAAUCAUCAUACGAUGAUGUGACAAAACAGCUAGCUGCAAUGAUAAUUAAUUCCUCAAUUCCUUCAAACUCUCCUGCUGUUUCAAACUUGCAGCUCGACAAAUUUUUCCUAUGUUUUACAAUCUAUAGGAUGGCGCUAGAUGGUAAAAUAAAGCAAAGUUCGAAUUGUAAUUCGCGAUGUGUGUAG